AUGUCUUCGGAAUUCCCUUUAUUCAGACUCCCAUUGAUAGUACUAAAUCAUGGUCUUAAAUUGAUGACUCCAUUCGAAAUAGAUCACAUCGCUGGGGAGGAGAAACUUCUGAAAUUUUACGUACCCAUGGAAGAUGGAUGUUUCGGUUUCCGCACAUUCAUCAAUCAUCUAUCUUUCAUUUUCAAUAUAACACUGACUGAUCUGGAACUUCACUUUCAAGACUUUACACGAGAUGAAAACGAGAUAAUAAUUGAUUUAUAUUGUGGAAAUACUACAAGAAACACUAAUUAUGCGAAAAAGUUGACACUGGUUGGAGAAUCAGUGAGCACGCCAGGAGAUGAUGAAUUAGUUAAUCACAUUCUGAAUCGACAAGAGGCGGAAUGCAAACUGACACUCGACAUGCAGUCUUUUACAUUCAAUAUCAGAAGAAGUCAAUUCCGAUACAUUCCAAACCAACUAGUUAUUCAGAAUCCUAAUUGGGUCACUAGCAGUGACAUCAAAUACUUCAAUUCAUUUUCUGUACUCAUUUUUUCUGCACACUCAAUUAUGUGGUGGUGGUAUGUGGAAAAUUUGAUUGAAAGAUGGUAUUUCGGAUGGACGCCGAACUGGACAGUAAUGAUGAUCGAGUUUCUAUUCAUAAAUAUAGACGAUAUCAUAAAUAAAAUUAGAGAAAGAAUUCCGGAUUCCGACCUGCUCAGAUCUGAAGAAACAAUUGAGGGUCCAGAUGGUCUUUCACAUAGAAUAAAAUAUUCUAUUAAUCGCGAAGAUGGAAUAAUUGCAGAGUUUCUCGUAGAAAACAAUAAAUAUCUAUAUAUCAGAUCCAGAGAUAACACUGAUAUUUCACUCUCCACAUUCAUCACGAAAAUCAAACCAAUGAUGUGA